UGGAGGACCGUCAGGAGGCGGAUCUGGCGCGAUUCCAAAGGCGAAGCACUGUCAGGUGAGACUAGUCGAUGUUGUUGAAAAUGCAUACAAAAAAACUGGCGGUUAUACAGGGUGAUGUAAAACUUAAGGCGUAUAUAUCGACACUGGGAGUGAACGAAGCAUUAUAAGGCGCGAAAUGUUCGAUACUCUUGGUGACGAUAUUAAAGUUGAUCCAUCGUCUGUGGUUUUACAGGAUUUUGGCGGCGGUACGUGCACAGUGAAAGGCGAGGUAAAAUUACCUAUCAUUGUGGACGGCAUCGCAAUACAUGUUAAGGCGGUAAUUGCAGACUGCGAUCUUUUUGGCGCUGAUCUUCUUUUAGGUCAACCGGCGUUAGCUACCCCAGGCGUUACACUAACGGUCACCGAUGGCAAGGCGAAGCUCACUCGGGUUGACCCAGCAGUGGAGAUGAUCCAACAGAUCACUUUGGAGGAUGACAAGGCGAUGGCGUUACGCAAGGUGCUAUGCUUGGAGGACACAAGCAUGGAUCCUGGCGAAGAGGCAGACUUAUUGGUGGUGGUGUAUGGCGGAAAACAAGGCGAAAAGUAUUGGGUACCUGUCAAACGGUUUGAAAAGAAGGGCACCGUAUUGGCAAUAGGCGGACAGGUACUGACUGGCGGUGAAUCUUCCAAGUUACAUGUGAAGAACGUAGGCGAAAAACAGAUGAUUUGGAAGACGGGAUGCGUCAUGGCGAGAUGCACCCUUAUAGGCGAAGUUACUGUUAAGGAUGGCCGAAUGUAACCAGUGAUUUUUCCGAGGCGAAGGAAAAUGGCAACGUGGCGACGGGCACGGCGAAGUAGCAUCGGCAACGCUGCAAGCCACAGUCAGCUGGCGGGCGGGGGAAGCUAUCUAUCGGCGUCGGCGGGGGACGAAUCAUUUUUGGCGGACUGGUGAUAUUUUUACUAUUAUUAGGCGUUUAAAUUGUUUUUAAUUAGUUGAAUAAAGGCGUGUUUAC